CACUCCAAGCCAAACCCAGAGCGAGAGGGGGCUGAACCUCACGCAGAAUCCGAUCUGUCCCGUGCAGAAAAACACUAGAGAGGCGAUCUCCUGCUGGAAGUGCUUAUUAAAAGAUCUGCUCCAUAUCAGCCCCGAAUAAUUCAAAGAUAUCGCCUACAAUGGAAGAUGGCAGGGAAACAGCUGCGAUGAGAAAGCAAAAACGGAAGGAUCGACAAAUAGAUUGGUGGUGUCACACAAAUGAUGAUACUCAAGCCUUGGAGAAUGCAGACAGUGACAUUGGCUUGUGUGGUUGGAUCCUGGUGCUUUUCUCCAUCCUGCUCACAUUGCUGACGCUGCCUCUCUCCAUAUGGAUGUGCAUUAAGAUAGUGAAGGAAUAUGAAAGGGCAAUAAUCUUUCGUCUGGGACGCAUUUUACGAGGAGGAGCCAAAGGACCAGGUCUUUUUUUCAUCUUGCCGUGCACAGACAGCUUUAUCAAUGUCGAUAUGCGCACCAUCACCUUUGAUAUCCCCCCUCAGGAGGUGCUGACAAAGGACUCUGUGACAGUGAGUGUAGAUGGUGUAGUCUACUACCGUGUGCAAAACGCAACACUGGCAGUAGCCAACAUCACCAAUGCUGAUGCAGCCACUCGUCUGUUGGCACAGACCACCCUGAGGAACGUGUUGGGUACAAAGAACCUGGCAGAGAUCCUGUCUGACCGGGAGGAAAUCGCCCACAGUAUGCAGUCCACACUAGAUGAUGCCACAGAUGACUGGGGUAUUAAAGUAGAACGUGUGGAGAUUAAGGAUGUCAAACUGCCCCUGCAGCUCCAGAGGGCCAUGGCGGCAGAGGCUGAAGCAACCAGAGAGGCCAGAGCUAAGGUGAUAGCCGCUGAGGGAGAAAUGAAUGCGUCACGGGCACUGAAGGAGGCAUCUCUGGUGAUCGCAGAGUCCCCCUCUGCUUUGCAGCUGCGCUACCUCCAGACCCUCAACACCAUCGCAGCGGAGAAGAACUCCACCAUCAUUUUCCCUCUGCCUAUUGACAUGAUGCAGUCCUUUGUGAAGCACUGAACUAAGAGCCACAUAAAACUACCUACACACACUCACACAUACAGAUGCAUCCAUGCAGAAAUGAACAGACUGAUGUUAUAUAACAUGCACUCAUGUGAGUAUAAUGUACAACCGGGUCCAGAAGUCUGAGACCACAUUGAAUUCUGGUAUUCAAUUUUUGAAAACUUAAAACUAAGAAACAUCAUUACUUGAAGUGAAGAAGAAAUAUGUGAGGUUGUAUUUGAGUUGUAAGUCACUAAUCAAAUACGUGAAAAUUGUUCAUCAAAUUGGUAAUCAUUUGACUCUGUACAGACAGUCAGAUGUUCAAAAUGCUCUUGGGAUCAUCUCAAAUAAUUCUGGAGAAGAUGUUCAUCAAGUUUUACACAAAUUUGUGGAGGUCAUGCAGCUUGAGUGCUGCUGUUUUUGAAAUAUGCAUUCUAAAGCCCAUGCACGUAUUUAAAUUUUAACCACUCAAAUUGUUAUUCUGAUAAUGUACUAUAUUAGAAAAAUGCAAAAUAGAAACAUUUUCACUAGUGGUCUCAUAUUUGGACCCUACUGUACAUACACCACAUAAGCACAGCCUGAUGCGUGAUCUGUAGAUGUUCCUAGUAAAGACCUGUUCACUGUCUGAAGGAAAUUUGAUACAGCCAAACAAUAUGAAAGUCAUAAAAUAUUUGCUAAAUAAGAGGCCAUUAAAAAAAAAAAAAAAAUCACAUUGUUGCUUUGUUUUAAACCUUUUUUAAUGCAAUGAAGUGAAUAGACCUUACAAAAUGAAAUUGUGUACAAUUUAUCUGGUUGUAACAAAAAGAUACAGACCAGAGGUGGUUGAUCUUUUAGUUACUGAAUAUUGCAAUGUGAUGUUUGGCUUUUUGGUUGACAGUUUAUGGAACAUCUCCUGGUCACAUGAGUGCAUGUGUGUGUGUUUCAGGCAUAUGUAACCUAACCUGCUUGAUUACCAAACAGAUAAUACACCGUCUAAGGAAUAUGUGGAUAGUAUCAGGUGUCAAAACAUGAAACUGACAGCUGUGCUUAUUGUGCCUACCAGUUUUUCUCACCUUCCUGAACCUUUAUUAAUGCUGACCGUCAAUAUAAAAGCCUUAAGCCAUAUCCAUUUCAAUUACCGAAUUAAUAUGUACAGGUUUACAUGAUGUUGGUUGAUUUUUAAAACCACAAUGCAUUUAUACAUCCAUUUCCUGUCACAUUAAUAUUUUAUCGCUUGGUUUAUGAAAUCUUCUAUCUUACUGUUUUAUCUACUAGACAUUUACAUACAUGUAAUAUAUUUUUUUACAUCAGACUGCAGCUGAAAACAAAUUAAGCCUAUAGAGGUCAAUGUUUGUGCUUUUAAUGACUGUAUUUGCUGCUUCAAAUACCAGAGGAUGGAAUUACAAAGACUUGUCAAAGAUGUGAAAUUAGUGUCAGUGCUGCUUAGGACUGUUUUAAGGUUUCAACAAUAUUUUGAAAUAUUUGUAUUUCACCAUGUAUCAGUCUAUCACAAUUAUAUAUGUAAUUGUUUGUUCUGUCAUUUAACUGAUGUAUGCUGAAUAUCACAUUUGUUGUUUUGUCCAGCUCACUUUUAUGUACAUUGUAAUAUUGAAUGUUUUUGUUUGCAUAUUUCCGAUGUGUGAUUUUCCCAUUCCCUUCAGUAAAUCAUAAUGUGUAAUCUUUCUCAUAACUUGUAAGUACAUACACUCUUUAUUUACCCAGACUGCUAUUAAUAUGAUGCAUAAAUCAGUCUUUGAAGAACACUCUGGAAACAUUUUGGGGUUGUGGUUCUUUAUUGUAUUUAUUGAAUUAAGUAGUAAAACUGGGAAAUCAUUUUUUUUUUCCCUGGUAGAGAAGGAUUUGCGAAAGCAGGAGUAUCUGGAAUAAGUUGCUGUACGAGUCUUUAGCAAAUAUCAAAGGCAGCCAAUCUCUGCACUAUGAGGUAUACCAUUUUAUCUGAUCUUCAGGCAGUUAACCUUCCCAUAUGUUAACAAUGAUCUAAAGCAGCCCCUAGAAAUAUACAGUAGACCUUUAUCCAUUCAGUCUCAUGAUCGCUUAUGUAGGAAUAAGUUGGAUCUCUAGGCCUCUUACAAGACAUGCUCCUUUAAAACUCCAGCAUUCUGGUUAUGGAUUUAGCCGUCUUAAAUUAAAAAGCAUUCCAAGAAAUGGCUAUUUUAAAAUCUAAAACCACGGGAAUGGCCUUUUUUAGACUUGAAUUAAAAAAAAAAAAAAAACAGUAUUAGUUUCUUUGAAAAAGUUUCGCAGCGCCCUCUGCCUGUAGAGGGAUGUCAUUGCUCAGAUGGACCAAGGCUGUGUUUGGAAUGAAUACUAGCUUACUACUUACUGAAUACUGCUCAGUAUGUACUGCAUUCUGCCUAAUUAAAAA